UACUGAAGUUAGAUGAUUGAAGUGUUCGCAGUCGGCGAUUGUGCGAUGGCGCUUUUUCUUGUUAUAAUGUGUGUGGACCAAAUUUAAAAAAGGAUACCUGUUAUAAAUUCAUAAAGGAUUAUAAAUUAUUAACCAUGCCUCGGAAACUAUUAGUGGGUGGCUUGCAGCGCAACGGGUCAGUGAAGGGAGUGAAGAAGGUGUCACCUCCUACUGUUCCUACCUUGAACGUGAAAUCUGCCCAGUUCAAGAAAAGCCCCUGCAUUCUGAACGGCGAUGAACAACUGACCGUUGACUUCUGUGAUUCGGACAACGAUUACGGUCCCUAUUGCAAACCUCCGAGAUCCCCAUCCAACGGGAGCAAUCACACUGUUCAACCUUUUUAUAACGGUUCAUCACAAAACUCUCAUCCCAUGAAGAAAAUGACUCCUGGUGGAGGCUCUAACGGCCAGAUCCAUUUAGCCCAUGUCAUUGUCCAUAGUCAACCAGAUAGCCUUCCAAGUACCCCUUCAGAUGCUGGUCAUUCACCAUGUCUUUCAAAAGGUCGUCUAAUGAGCGGCACGCAAGCUUCUUUAGAAGAUCAAGGCAUCGACAUGAACAGUCCAGGAAGACACAGUCCGGGAGGCAGCAGUGGAGGUAGCAGUAUAUCCAGGCAUUCUCUGUCCAGCCUUGACAGUGGGAGAGCUUCUGCCCCAGGAUCUGAAGGAAAGGUUGUCAAUCGGCGUCUGUCCAUUCAGAGCUACGAGGGUUCCUCUCCUCAAAGGCGAUCGUACCACAGUUCAAGUUCCAGCAUUGCCAGUGUAGGAGACGAUUUGGGGCCGGGACCCAACGUCGCAGAAAUGGUUUUGCAUGGGCUACCGGAUGUGGAAGUCUUAAGCACGUGGUUGGCAACUUUACAUUUUGAAGAAUACAUCCCACUGUUCCUGCUCUCUGGGUACGAUAUGCCGACCAUCACUCGAAUGACACCCGAAGAUCUCACUGCCAUUGGAAUAACAAAACCCAAUCACCGUAGAAAAUUAAAGGCAGAAAUAGCGAAAUUGAACAUUUCUGAUGGAAUUCCAGAAUACAAGCCAGACUCUUUAUUAGAAUGGCUACAGUUAUUACGAUUAGAAGAAUAUUUUGAUACAUUAUGUCAGCAAAAUUACAACACAAUAGACAAAGUAACGGAUUUAACUUGGGAAGACCUGGAGGACAUAGGAAUACAAAAGUUAGGUCAUCAGAAAAGACUUUUAUUAGCAAUAAAGCGUAUAGAAGAUAUCAACCAUGGUCGCCGGCCCAAUCUGGUUCCUCAGACGAAUACGCAGCUUCGAUCAGGUGGCUCUUCAAUUGGAUGUUCAACUUUUCCUAGACCUUCUACUCUUAGUGAUGUACAGCCUUUACAAUAUCCGAGUCAGGAAAUAGCUAUAUCUACACAUCGUCCAAAGAGUUCACCGUCCACAGAUUCCAUCCCAGAAAUGAAAACAUUUCAGCAAUCGCCACUGCGAGAAGAAAACCUAUUCUUGCAAGCUGUGCACAAUUCAGCGCAAAAUAUAGCAACUUCACAACAUCACAAUGGUAUAACAAAUUCGAUAAUUUCUCCUUCCAGAGUGAGAUCUCUGGAAAGUCUGAGUUCAGACAUUAGUUCGAAUAUGAGCUGCUCCGAGUUACAGACUUCGUCUCCCACACCACUUCAGCUACCACCACCGGCACCGGCACCCCUUGCGACAGCUGAGCCUCCCAAAAAUCCAACCAAAGACUGGCACGUGACGGAUUUGGAUCAGGACUUCGAGUACGAAUGCGAAGGUACUGCUACCUUAAACCGCCCCAAAGGCCUGGUCAAGUUACGACCCAUGGCCAAAAUAACAGCGAAAACCCGCGAGGAAAUCGCUGAAGCCAUUAUGGACAUACCGGACAGUGAAUUCAAAUCUCUGAUUAAUCAAAGUCGGACGCUUGAUGGCUGGUCAAGUCUGGACGGCUCGCCCAGACACGGACCUGCUACUGUUCCAAGAAGUGCAACCUUGAAAAGAGCGCCGCCGCCACCCCCACCAAAGCGGAGCAAUUCUGCCAAAGGUGAAAGGCCUCCGAUGGAACCAGCGAAAGAAGACGUUGCACCAAACAAACCCAAAAGUGAGCAAACAGUCAAAAACAAUGUACGAGGACCUAAAGAAACAGAAUCCAUACGUGCCGAGGAGUUUCCACCUCCUCCAUCGCCGUUGCCUUCAGUUGUGGACGAGAAAUCAAAUAAAUCCUCCGGUGAGAAUCCAGAACCGAUGGAUGAACUGUUUAACAAUCCUUUGUUCAAACAAAGACGAAAAGAUUCUUCGGGAUCAUCUGGUAGUGUUGACUCGUCCGCUCUGCCAUUUGCUAAUGAAGCUGUUGGAACCAUAAAACAGAAAGUAUCGAAACCUUAUCCUGCUAUCCCACCACAUGGUUCAUUAAGUUCCCAACUUAAAGCUGCCCAGAAAGCGAAAAGUAGCAACACACCUGAAAAGAAUCCAAAUCCUCCAAAAGUAAACAAUGCAACAAAAGUAGAGCAUGAAUAUGAUGUAACACCGGAAGCAAUAUCUCCAGGUGAUGUCAUCGACGAUAUUGAAAACAUGCUAGCCAAUCUCUCGGAUCAGUUAGAUGCAAUGCUUGAUGAAGAAGUACAGAAAUGAAACAUAUUAAUCAAAUAUAAUUAACAAAAACCUUGUAUAGAAUGUAUAUUAGAACUGUUGCUGCAUACAAAAAUUAUUAUAGUCUGGUUCUGCCUGGUGCAGUGAAACAAGGGGAAAAAAAUAACUAACUCUGAAAGACAUUGAAAGAAUUUUAUUUAACAAAAGGAAUAUAGUGCAACUAAGCAUUUUGUAAAUUCAAGUUAAAUUUAUAGACAUUUAAUUCCUCUUUAUUCAGAGGAAUAUUAAUCUAGAACACAUGUCUGUUUAUAUGUGCACAUGUCAAUUUUGUUACCCCCCAAUUUGAAAAUUAAAGAGUUCCUCAGUUUUUUUUGUAAAAUACUGCAUAAAGGACUGGAAUUUGAGCAUUUAUUAAGUGAAUAUUGUACUAUCACCAUUUUUAAUUUCAUGAGUUUAUGUACAUACCUUCUCAUUUGUCAUGUAAAUUAUCAGUUUGGUGGAAUUAAGAAACCAUGAAAUAUACUUUUAGAUUUUUUUCUAAAAAAAAAUCAAAUGCAAUCAAUUUUUUUAUUACUUUAAUAACCCUAUAUGCAUUGCUCUACCUCAUAAAAUUAUCAACAUUGACAGUAUUGAACAUUUUUUAAAAUUAAAAUUUAACUGAAAAUGAUUGGACUUUUGAGUGUCAUGUAACAGCAUCUGUUAAAAUGUCUUUAAAAAUAGUGAUUAACAGUUACUUUAUUCAUUAUUAAAUGACAAACAGAGUGAACAUAUUGAGAAAUGUUACGUACCAAGUACUUUUUUUUACAUUAGUAAAUACUAUAUUUCAUGGUUUCUGAUUUGAAAAAAAUAUAAAGUAUGUAUAGAAUUCAUCAGCACAUCAUAAAUAAUGCCUUAUUACACUCAUGUAAUCUGUUUUGCUAUUAUUUAGUAUUUUCUGUGCUACCAUAAGUCAUUUCUUUUUUGAAAUUUUAAUAUAUUCUCUUGUCAAAUCUAAUUAUUUUCACAAUAUUAGUAAACUUGUUGUGAAAUACUAAGAUUUAUAUAUGCAUAUAUAUAUAUAUAUUGUAUUUAUUUCAAAGUACAGUAAUAAAAUACUUUUAAUAUGCCUUUAAAAUUACUGUACGAAGCAGUAUAAGCACAUGUAUUCUGACAAUCUAAUGUGCAACUGAGGCUUCCAUUGUUUCUCUAUUUUUUGCAGGUUUAUUUAGUAUGCAUUAUUUCUAAUACUCAAAAUAAACCAUUUUUAUUAAUCAAUUUGAAUAAUAACCAAUAACCCUUGUGCCAAAGCAUUCAGUAGUAAAAUUUUAGACUGUCUGAUUCAAUGGUGGGAAAUAGUAGCUGCUCAGUUAGUGAUGAAAUUUUUAAAACUUUUAUUAAUUCUCAUUAAACAUUGAUCAAAGUUUAGAUUAUAGAGUUAAACAGCAUGUACUAUUCACAAGAACUUAAUUCUUAUCCCAGCUCAAAUGCCUAGUUAGCUAGUCCUUGUGUUAAAAUACCCAAGUUUAAACAACAGUGCAUGUUAAAUAUUAAACAACUUGAUCACUAAAAAUAUAUCAAAACAACAUGGUUUGUUGUAUCUAUCCAGAUAUACUAGUCAUUGCAAGUUUGAACCCGUGUCUUAUAUUAUUAACACUUGCUUGAAGGGAAUUUCUUGGGUGAAAAAAUGAAAUAAUGUUUUAUGUAUUUAAUAACUUGUACAAAUAACUCACAAAACGGUAAGUUUCGUUUUAUGUACCAUAAAAUGUUUUUAAGUAACUGUCAAAGUAUAAAUCUGAUUGAAUCAUCCAAAUGUGUGUAUAGUUACAAUUACUAUACAGUACUUCAAUGUUAAUGUAGUGAAACCUGAAAUAUAAUAUUUAAUGGGAACAAUAAAAUAUAAUUGUACUGCACUAAGUUUGUGUGAUGAAAUAUCUUUGUUAAC